UCCAUACAAACACUGCUCAUACAACACAGACAAGCAGGUGCUCUCGGGAGAUCCAGCUAGCUAGCUGGCUAGUUUUGCUGUUGCUGCUCGACCUCAUCGCCGUCCUCCGGCCAUGGCAGCCCAUGUGGAUCCCCUUGUGGUUGGGAGGGUGAUCGGUGACGUGGUGGACAUGUUCGUGCCCACCAUGCCGGUGACCGUGCGCUUCGGGACGAAGGACCUGACGAACGGCUGCGAGAUCAAGCCGUCGAUCGCCGACGCGGCACCCUCGAUCCAGAUAGCCGGCCGGGCCGGCGAUCUCUUCACCCUGGUCAUGACUGAUCCGGACGCACCGAGCCCCAGCGAGCCAACCAUGAAGGAGUGGCUUCACUGGCUGGUGGUUAACAUACCUGGUGGAUCAGAUCCUUCUCAAGGGGAGGAGGUGGUGCCCUACAUGGGUCCGAAGCCGCCGUUGGGCAUCCACCGCUACGUGCUGGUGCUGUUCCAGCAGAAGGCGCGUGUGCUGGCGCCGGCUCCCGGCGGAGACACAGCAGCGUCGGCCAUGCGCGCGCGGUUCAGCACCCGUGCCUUCGCAGAGCGCCAUGACCUGGGGCUCCCCGUCGCCGCCAUGUACUUCAACGCGCAGAAGGAGCCGGCCAACCGCCGCCGCCGCUACUAGCUCGUCGCCGCCGGCCGAUCAAACCCGCUGCUGGUCCGUCUGCGCGUGCGUGCAUGCGCGCCGGCCCAAUAAAUUAAUCAUCCAUCUUGUCGUUGUCAUGAACAAUCUGGGCUUGUAUUGUGUGGUACUCUUUGUUUUUUCUUGCGGGUGCGUGUGGUACUCUUUGGACCAUGUAUAUUUACCACUUUCUCUCUUCGUUGUAUUUGUUGGUUAUGUGUGA